GAUAAACCCCACUGAAGAAGAAGAAGAAGAAUACUUCCUAUUUUCAUUCUCCAGACCAAACACCAUUGGCGAAACACACGAUCAGUACACUGCGAGACUUUGGUUGACCAUGCAGCUGUUUGUGCGUGCUCAGACUCUCCACACCUUUGAGGUGUCUGGGUUAGAAACUGUCGCCCACAUCAAGGCUCAUAUUGAGGCAUUGGAGGGACUCUCCUGUGAUGACCAGGUGGUUAUGCUGUGUGGGGAACCCCUACAGGACGAUGCUGUGAUUGGCCAGUCGGCACUGGAGUUCAGCACUGUCGAGGUUACCCCCCGACUGUUGGGAGGCAAAGUCCAUGGCUCCUUGGCCAGAGCGGGGAAAGUCAGGGGACAGACUCCCAAGGUGGACAAGCAGGAGAAGAAGAAAAAGAAGACAGGUAGGGCUAAAAGGAGGAUCCAAUAUAACAGGCGCUUUGUGAAUGUGGUACCAACAUUUGGCAAGAAGAAGGGACCCAAUGCCAACUCAUAAAACUAUUUGCCCAAAGCCUUGUGUCUGCUGUCUCAUCACAGUUCAACAUUGACAUGACCAUUCACGCAAGUUCUGUCAUUUGUGAUUACAUUUGUCAUUGGGCUGAUGGUCACUGUGAUGAAAUACAAUAAAACUCGGUGAGGAAA